AUGGCCAAGCUUGCGGAAGGAGAUUCAGGAUCCAUUGGCUCCGUCCAAAAGACCUCACAACACUCCCCCAACCCCAUCAAAAUCAUAGUGACAGGUGGUCUUGGAUUUUUGGGCUCAGCCAUUGUCCGAUCCUUGCAGGAAUUCCAUCCUGAAUGGCACGUUUGGAUUCUCGACCGGGCUGAAGAUCCACGGCAAAGAAACCAUCAAGCACGAGAUGAUGAGCUGGACUUACUCAGGGGAUGCAAGUAUGACUAUGUGCAUGCCGACAUCACAGAUCAGACCAGUGUCAUGGACGCACUUGCCAUGAUCAAUGCAGAUGCCGUCAUCCACUCAGCAGGUAUUGUGCCAUCGUUGAGCGAGAGGUAUGCACGGCGCCUUGAAGGCUUCGUCAAAGCUGUCAACGUGGGUGGGACGCGGCACCUGAUCGAAGCGGCCAGAAAAAGCCGAUGCAAGGCAUUUGUGUAUACGAGUAGUUGCUGCGCCGUGAUAGACGACAUGAGCCAGUCCUAUGCCAACAUUGAUGAAAGAUGGCCCGUCUCACGCAAGUCGUCCAUCUACGGUGAGAGUAAAGCCGAAGCCGAGCAGAUUGUGAUUGCAGCAAACGACCAGUCAAUGUCCACAUGCGUACUGAGGCCAUCGGUGCUUUUUGGACAAGGAGACAACCAGCUGAUACCACCAAUACACGCCUGCAUUGCAAAGGGAGAGACACGCUGGGUGAUUGGGGAUGGCAAGAAUCUUUGGGACACGACUUACGUCGGCAAUGUGGCUGACGCGCACGUUCUUGCCGUCGAAAACCUGUUGGAUUUCCAAUCCGCGGAAUCAAAGCGUGGUAGGAAUGGCCGAUCAAGAACGGAAAGCGCGGCGGGUGAGACGUUCUUCAUCCAAAACAACGAACCCGUCUCUUUUCGCGAUUUCAGCCUUGCUGUUUGGAAAGAGUUUGGGCAUUUCCCGCCAGCCUGGGAAAUUCACAUUCCAGAAGGGCUUGGAUGGGUCCUAGGGCUGGUCGCGGAUGUAUUUACGCGAGUCUCGGGCACUCCAACGACCCUCUCGCGUGGAAGCGUAAUGGACGCCUGCGCGAUGCGGUAUGCCAGUGGUGAUAAGGCCAGGAAGAUCCUCGGCUAUCAGCCUCGAGUAGGCCUUGAAGAAGGAAUCAGGAUCAGCUGUGAGGUGAGUGCUGCAGUUUCCCCCUUGUUGUGGCUGCGGAUCCGGUAG